GGAAACGUGGCAGCCUACAGUAAGGUGGUGCAUGUCAGAAGGAAACGUGGCUAGAGAGGGAAGUUUCUGGCUGUAUCAACUUCGAAGGGUGUCGUCUUGCUCUUCCCAAUCCGGAAAGUUUUCUCAUUGGAUUUCUAGCAGCACGGUUUCUUUCCUUUUUAAGACAACAGACAAAAGUAGCGGUGACUUUGCUUCAUUCUGGUCAGUGCUGAGUGGUAGGAGACGACAGAGAAGAAUGAAAUGGGACAAGGCCGAGAACACAAGACCAGAGAUGAUGCCCAAGUUGAGAUUCAGGAAAGAGGGGAAAUAUUCUUCUUCUAUAGGCCUAAAGUCAACAAGCCGGAAGCUCACAGAGUUGACGAUGCGCAGCGGUUGUACAUUGUCUUGCGCCCAGAGUCCGGUGAGAGACUUGUUGAAGAGAAGCAAGACCCCCAGUCUGGCGAGGAGGGUGCCAAGGAGAAAUCAAAUCAAGGUCAAAGUGGGUCGGGCAAGAAUGAAUAUGAAGGUGGAAAAGGUAGACAGGAAGUAAAUAUUGAAAAGGAACCACUGUUAAGGUUCAUUGUUAUGGGACGAAAAAGUCUUCCGGAUCCAAGCAAGAAGUCUCAACCUUUCUGGGGUUUUGUUGAAUUGGUGACUACGAAGAUAGAAGAUGUGAAAAGUGCUAUGAAAGGAGAGGAAUAUGAUACUUCAACAAGAGGCCACCGACGUAAUUUUCCUGCGAGAGCGGUGGGAGAAGGCGUUUACCGCAUUCUGAGGCACAAUUCAGGGAAGAAGAAAAUGCACACUCAUCUGAUCUACGAAAUUGAAUUCCCUCCAGAAGAUGAAGAGAAUGAGCCCCAAGAAUCACUCAACAUUAAGCGUGAAGGCUCAUUCGUGAUACAAAUCAAGAAUCCGGAACAACCUGGCAAGUCCCAAUUCAGGGGACUUCAAAAGAAACGCAAGGCAGCCUUCCCUGCUCACCUGCAAGGACAGUUGGGGCAAAACAGGUAUCAUCCAGCUGAUCCACCUGACUUUUUGAACUAUGAAGGAUGUGAAUUCCCUGAUAUCGACGAGGAGUUGGGUUUGGAACUUGAGACCGAAGGGGAAGCAGAUCCAUCUUGUUCAGAUUUGGUCAGGACUCUCGGGGAGACUGCAUCUACAACUCCCCUUUUCAAGGGCAUUUGGGCUUGAAUGAUACGUGGGCAAUAGUUAACAAUGACAUUUUGUUUUCAAUUGUUUUUGAAUUCUUCAUUGUCAAAUAUAAAAAAUGUAUUAGUUUACC